GUCUGUAAAACGCUGCGUUUUACGUCUCCCUUCUCUCCUAGAGCCGCACGUGAUCGUUUCUCUCUCUCUCGUCUGCCGGAGAAAAGGGCUCUGCAAAUUUCGAUUCUUUUUUCCCCUGAAACGAGAACCCAAUUCGCGAUCGUGCUGUCUUAGGCUGACGUAAUCAACGGUGUGUUCUGUGGUAAUGGCUACCAACAAAGUGAUAGCUAUAUGUCGUUCAGGAGGAGAGUUUCUAACCAACAAAGACGAUGGAUCUUUAUCUUAUUCCGGUAGUGGAGAUGCCUUUGCUAUAGACAUUGAUCAGAACACUUCAAUGAGUGAUUUCAAGACAGAGUUGGCUGAGUAUUUCGGGUUUGGUGUGGAGACUAUGUCUCUUAAGUACUUUCUCCCUGGAAACAAGAAGACUCUUAUUACUAUCUCUAAGGAUAAAGAUUUCAUGCGCAUGGUUAAGUUCUCUUCUGAUGCAGGGACUGUUGAGGUUUUCGUCAUGCCUCAAGAAGCUGCUGCGGUUAAUGUCUCUAACAUGCCAGCUAGUAGGUCAAGUAGGACUACCGCAUCAGAAGGGGUUGUACCUGCUGCAGGGGACGAUGUUGUUGAUGAGGAUAUGACAAAUGAUUUUCAGAUUGAUUUGGCCAUGCCUGAUGAAAGUCCUUUACCGUGCAACUUUGUUUUGGUUGAUCAGAAACAUCACACGGCGAUACAGCAGUGGGAAAACGUUAUCACCGGUGUUGAUCAACGGUUUAACAGCUUUAUUGAGUUUCGAGAUGCGUUGCACAAAUACUCUGUGGCUCACGGGUUUGCUUACAAGUACAAGAAAAACGACAGCCAUAGAGUCUCUGUCAAGUGCAAAGCUCAGGGUUGUCCGUGGCGUAUCACUGCAGCGAGGCUGUCUACGACUCAGUUGAUAUGUAUCAAGAAAAUGAACCCGAGGCACACGUGUGAGAGGGCAGUCAUCAAACCUGGUUACCGUGCGACUAGAGGAUGGGUGAGAACCAUUUUAAAAGAGAAGCUGAAAGCCUUUCCGGACUACAAGCCUAAAGAUAUUGCUGAGGAUAUAAAGAGAGAGUAUGGUAUUCAGUUGAAUUACUCACAGGCAUGGAGGGCUAAAGAGGUUGCUAGAGAGCAGCUUCAAGGCUCUUAUAAAGAAGCGUAUAGUCAACUUCCUUUACUUUGUGAGAAGAUCAAGGAGACAAAUCCUGGAAGUAUUGCCACUUUCAUGACUAAAGAAGAUUCUAGCUUCCACCGUCUUUUCAUAUCGUUCUAUGCUUCAAUAUCUGGGUUUAAACAAGGCUCACGGCCUCUUCUUUUCCUUGACAACGCCAUCCUAAACUCAAAAUACCAAGGGGUUAUGCUUAUAGCAACAGCUUCUGACGCCGAGGAUGGCGUAUUCCCAGUAGCCUUUGCCAUUGUGGAUGCAGAGACAGAAGAGAACUGGCUUUGGUUUCUAGAACAGCUUAAAUCCGCCUUGUCUGAGUCCCGGAGAAUCACAUUCGUUGCGGAUUUCCAGAACGGUCUGAAGAAUGCAAUACCUCAGGUCUUUGAAGACGCACACCAUGCCUAUUGUCUACGCCAGCUUGCUGAAAAGAUGAACACUGACUUGAAAGGGCAGUUUUCUCAUGAAGCAAGACGGUAUAUGCUCAAUGACUUCUACUCUGUGGCGUAUGCAACAACACCAGAGGGAUACUACAGUGCCUUGGAGAGUAUAAAGAAUAUAUCUCCUGAUGCUUAUACCUGGGUUAUGGAAAGUGAACCACAUAAUUGGGCAAACGCGUUGUUCCAAGGAGAGAGAUAUAACCAGAUGUACUCAACCUUUGGGCAAGACUUCUAUAACUGGGUCUCUGAAGCACAUGAGUUUCCCAUUACUCAAAUGAUUGAUGAGUUUAGGGCAAAGAUGAUGCAAUCUAUCUACACCCGUCAGGUACAGUCCAGGGACUGGGUCACAACUCUAACACCGUCUAAUGAAGAGAAGCUUCAGAAAGAGAUAGGACUUGCACAGACACUUCAGGUUUCGCCACCAGAAGGUAGCUUAUUCCAGGUUAAUGGAGGAGACUCUUCCAACAUAGUUGAUAUAGACCAGUGUGACUGUGACUGCAAGCUCUGGCGGCUUACCGGGUUACCUUGCAGCCAUGCAGUUGCUGUGAUCAUGUGUAUUGAGAAAAGCCCUUAUGAGUAUUGCUCUAGAUACUUAACGGUUGAGAGCCAUAGGUUGAUGUAUGCAGAGUCGAUUCAACCUGUGCCGAAUAUGGAUAGGAUGAUGCUGGAGGAGCCGGUGGAGGGUUUGGUUGCCGUGACUCCUCCGCCUACGAGGAGGACACCGGGAAGACCGAAGAUGAAGCGUGUUGAGCCGUUGGAUAUGAUAAAACGUCAGCUACAGUGUAGCAAGUGCAAGGGACUAGGACAUAACAAGAAGACCUGCAAAGCUGAAUAGUUUUAAAUGGGGCUUGUAUGUGUUGGUUAGUUACUUAGUUUAAAGUAGACGAUUUUGGAUCUUCCCUUGUGUGAGUGAGUGAGUGAAAAAUAAAGAUCUCGUUAAAUUUGUUUUCUCUGAACUUGUUGAUCUAUGACACUCACAUUUGAACCAUAUAGACUUUUUCACAUGACACUUAGAAGGUUUUUAAUCUUUGGUUUAACAUUUGUGGUUUGUUGAGAACCCAGGAACAGAUGUAGUAUUCACAAUUUGUAUUUUAAUGUUUAUAUCUG